UGGUUGUUUCUGUGGUCAUGUGACGUCGGACUGGGCGGUUUCACGAAGCGAGGUGGGCUAAGUGGACAGUUGGUGGGGCAGAAAAAAAAGCGCGUAUCUUGCGGUCGAACGUCAGGUCAGGUCUAAAAUCCAGAAGUUUUGUCGUUUUAAAUAUGGGCAGCCGCCAAGAUUCACUUUCUCCACAGCUGUCUAACGGCUAUGUUCUGCCACAGGGCAGAGUCUGUCCCAACGCCAUCUUUGUUGGUGGGAUUGACACUCAGGUUAACACAGCAGAAAUGAAGGACUUCUUUUCAACGUACGGUACAGUCAGGGAUGUGAAAAUCAUCACAUACCGCGGAGGACUCAGCAAAGGGUAUGGGUUUGUGUACUUUACUGAAGAUGUUGACAUCAAGUCAAUUGUUGAACAAAACAUAGUUUGGAAAGGGAAGACACUCAAGAUGGGUCCUGCAAUCAUCAAGCAGAGGACUUGUCGGACUAUUAGACCACCACCACCACCACGUAUGAUGCCAGUUGAGGCUUGGAUGGUCCCUUCCCAGUACGUGUCCUGCUCUUGCUCUUGCUGCAUGCCCAGUGGAAUGCCUCGGACCCAGUCCACACACUUUUAUAAUGGUGCAAGCCCCUACUAUCAAGUUUACCCCUACUCCCAAAUUGGAAACAUGGUUCUUCCACAGAUGCCAGUGAAUUCUCAUAAUAUGUACACCUACCAGUAUGCUCCGACUUACUGGACGGCUGGCCAGAGAGCAGCAUUGACCACUGAGAAUGCUGUUGAGUGUGGUGUUCAGACCAUGCUGACCGUGCUGUAACUCGCACAGCCUUCUGACCCCCCCCCCCACCAGGCUACAGGACAUCAGCGUACGGAUAAGACCUCUGCUUCACCUGAUUGCCACGCCCUCCACCCCUGACAUUUUGUUUCCCCCAUUCGUUUGGCUUCCGAGGCCAAUUUUAAUUUCUUUUGUAGUCCCUUCAUAGUCCACUUUGACCCACAGCUGGUCGGGGACCACUCACCUCAAGUGCUUUUAACCUGUAAAGAUCACUCAGAAAAGGGUGACAAGAAAGAGCAGAGCACGCUCGCUGUACCAGCUUUUUUGAUAUUUACCCCAAAAAGGGAAAAAAAAAAAACCCAUUGUGCCUAUUUAUAUAUAUAUAUGUAUAUAUUUACAUUGUAUUUAUUUUCUUUUUCUUUUUUAAGAGUUUGGUGUUUUUGUUUUUUUGUCACUGUAAAACAAUUAGCACACCUUUAUAUGCUUCAACAUAUUGGCCACAUUAUUGCGUUUUUUUCACAUCCACGUUUACUUUGUCCUUUAAUUUCAUGACACCGGGUGGAGGCAAGCACUAGUAAAGCAACAAAGUCACGUUUCGCACAUCAACUUCAUUACAUAAUAAUAUGGCAGUUACCCGCCAACUUGUUUGAAAAUUAGAAACACUUUGAAACUUCCUUUUGUCAACGGAGGACAAUUCAAGAGUUUUUUGGGGGGGUGAGAAAAAAAAGUUAACACUUCCUCACUGUAAUUUGUAUUUGAAAAGUCAUCUCGAUCCAAGUUGUUUUGUUUACACUCGGCCAGCCAGUAAAAAACUGCAUCGCCUCAUUUGCACUGCACAUAAGGUGGAUUUUCUUUUUUUUUUUUUUUUUUUUUUUGCUUUUGUCUUGUUGCAUUUCGGUGGAGGCUGCACAUGUUUCAAUAUUUUCUGGUCUCUUGUGUCCCUAAAAAAAAACUGCUAAAGCGUUUUAUUGAAGGAGUCUCAGCAUUGCAGUGUUCGUAUUGCCGGCAAAUAAAAAAACUCCCAAAAAAUUUAA